UCACAAUGCUUGAGAAAUUGGGAAAUUUUUAAUUCGGCGUUGCUGCUCGCGCUGUGCGUUUAAUUUUAAACCGAGGGGUAAUGUUUACACGAAUAAUUAAGUGAUUAAUUUGUGUUUUAUGAAAAAACGGAAUAUAACGUCAGGUGCUGGACGCCUGUUUACGGAACGAGUGAAGGUGUGUGUGGGUGUCAAGGCUGUCAGAGGCUGUAGACGGUCCUAAAGCUCAGGAUUCAGAUUUAGAUCUGUCCAGCGAACGAAUUUGGUUGUUUCCAUAAAAGCAGCACGUGAUGCUCCGCUGGAUUCUUGGCACUCGCGGCUCGCAUGGCUCGGCUGAGAACCGCUAUGCUGCACUUUGUAUUGGAGAGGAUCAGCCCAAAAACUCUUACACCGAACUGCAGGUGCUUAGAGGUCAUUUCGACAUUGUGCGAUUUCUGGUGCAGAUUGAUGACAUCAGAUUUGCAUCAGCAGGAGAUGAUGGGAUGGUGUUUGUAUGGAAUGUUGAGACCGGAGAGCGGCUGGUAGAGUUACGAGCUCAUACUCAACAGAUCACAGCACUGACGGCGUACACGUGCACCAACGCAGAAAAAACCCUCUCAGCCCUUAUAACAGCUUCAUCAGACCGCAUGAUGUGUCUGUGGGAUGCAGACACAGGACAGCGACUACACCUUGUGUCUAAUCUACAGUCUUCUGUUAAGUGUGUACUGGUCCUAGAUCAUCUGGAUGUGUUUCUUUCUGGAGGCAAUGAGCUGUGUGUGUGGAAUCAAGAUUUUCAGCUACAGUGUAAGGCGGUACAUUACAGAGAUUCAGGCAUCACUGCGUUGAUGGAUUUGCCAAAAUCUUGUGUUGCUGCUGCCAUAGACAAAGAGAUUGUAAUCUUUAAGCUUAAUCUGUCUGAAAACGAAAUGUCCAUCCUGGCUGUUCGCCAUUUGACUGACCAUCAAGACACUAUCCGGACACUCAUCAGAGUCAAUGAUGAUAUGUUUGCUAGUGGCUCUCACAUUGGAGAGGUCAUCCUCUGGGAUAGUCUUGACUGGACAAUUCAAUCUUACGAGCGUAUUUUGUGGGAGGAACCAGAUCGAGAGGGCCAAUCAGAGAUCAGAAUGGGGCAGCAGAAACAGAGUGAAGCAUCCAUUCAGCACCUUCACUCAGAUGGAGAGUUGGUUGUUGCAGCAGUGGGCAGUGGGCUGUUUGUGUAUAACACAAGGAUGAAGACAGUGGUGGCAUAUAGGAAGUUUGCUCACGAUUCUGAUGUCUUAUACACCACAGUGCUGCACAAUAGACAGGUGAUGUCUUGUUCGGAGGAUGGCAGUGUCAGGAUCUGGGAGUUACAGGAGCUCCCCCUGCCUGCAGAGCCUGCCUCCUCAGGCUUUUUUGGCUUGUUUGGCACCAUUGGGAGAUCCAAUAAACAUGGUAGUGUUCCUUCUAAAAAGCUUCUGGAAGUUUCUGGUCUGUGCUCGCUAGAGUUGGUUGGAGAUCUGAUUGGUCACUCUGGAGCUGUGCAGAUGUUUCUGAGUUUUGGCAACAGCAGAGUGGUCACUUGCUCAGCUGAUCAUCUGCUCAUUUUGUGGAAGGAUGGAGAAAGAGAGUCACAUUUGCGCAGUUUGGCUUUGUUCCUGAAGCUGGAGGAGAAAGGGUGCCUCUAAACCUUCUCACUCCGCGUUUCACUCAUCACUCCUAUUCUCACCUUAAAGAAAUUAUUUGAUAUCAAUACGGCGAGGUGAGGAACAGGAGGUCUUCUGAAAAACAGAAAAGGCCAUUCAGAGACAGAGAGAGAAUGAGCAUACGCCUCUUCUUAAAAAAAAAAAAAAAAAAAA